AUGUCUACCCCAACCGAUAACACCUCCUUCAUCCUCCCCCGUGCUGGGGGCGGCCUCCAAUCCAUCUACCGCACCACUCUCAUCCCUGUUCCCACACCCAUAGCGCACGAAGUACUCGUCCGCAUCCAUGCUGUCUCCCUUAACUUUCGGGACCACGCUAUGGUUAGCGGUAGAUACCCCGCAACACUGAAGGAGGAUCUUGUGUUGGGGAGCGAUGUGGCAGGGGAGGUCGUGAGAGUGGGUGACGGAGUCACGGGGUGGAAGAUUGGGGAGCGGGUCAGUGCGGUUUUUGAUCAAGGGCAUAUCUAUGGUCCUGCUCCUCGACAUCGCCAAGUUCUAGGUGGUCACAUCGACGGCGUCCUCACCCAAUAUCGCGUCUUCCCCGAGACUGGCCUCGUUCGCAUCCCGACGCAUCUUAGCUACGAAGAGGCGGCGUGUUGGCCCUGCGCAGGUGUCACAGCUUGGAAUGCAUUGUUUGGUGCGACCAGGCUUGUACCGGGGCAGACGGUGUUGUGUCAAGGGACUGGCGGGGUGUCAAUUAUGGCGCUUAUUUUGGCGAAUGCGGCAGGUGCGAGGACGAUCAUCACGUCGAGCUCCGAUGAGAAGUUAGAAGUGAGAUCUCAUCGGAUGGUGCCCCAGCAGCUCGCAAAGAAGCUCGGUGGUACACAUACCAUCAAUUACAAAACACACCCUGAUUGGGACAAAGUCGUCCUCGAGCUCACAGACGGUGAUGGCGCGCACCAUGUCAUCGACAACGUCGGUACCAACGAGAUACAUAAAUCUAUGAACUCUGUCGCGAAUGGCGGAAGCGUCAACUGUAUCGGUUUUCUUGGUGGACAACCUAAGGAAACACCUGAUAUUCCGAUGCUUGCGAUCCCGAAGGGCGCUAUUGUUAGGGGCAUCUACGUCGGGUCAAAGCAACAAUUUGAGGAGUUACUCAAGUUCGUGGAGACGAAGGAACUGAGGCCACAUAUUCACAAGGUGUUCAAGUUUGAGGAUACUGUGAAGGCGAUUGAGUAUCUUGGCUCGGGACAGCACUCGGGUAAAAUCGUGAUCAAAGUCGCAGAGUAA